UCAGUAAAUUCGGUAAAGUUAAAUCCACUAGUGUAUGUACUAGGGUAUUUUUAAUGGUGUCGGUAUUUCAGUACAGUUAACAGUAAAUUACAUUCUAUAGAACAUCUAUAUGAAUUUUAAAGUCAGUGUAGGCGCGAACGGAAUUAACGUGUUUUAUAAAUUGUAAUCGAUAAACACAAAUCUAUUCAAAGUUUUGAAUUAUUUUAUUUAACUAUGGUUCACAAAAUCAGUGAAGAAUGCAAUAACUUGCUUCUUAAAUCAGACGGCAAUAAACCACAAGUAUUUGAAAGAAAACAAGUUGAAUGCAAAAAUCUUUCAAAAAAAUUCACAAGCACAAAGAAUGAUUAUUCGAAACAAUUUGCGCAUAUAUAUGCUUCCAGACUUUCUGAAUUAAGAGAUGUUUUAAUCUCACAAGUUCAAGUUAAAUGGGGAGAUAUUCCUAUAGUAAAGUUAGCUGACUUAGAAAAAUUAGAAGGUCAAGAAUGUAUAAUAAUUGGUACACUUUACAAACAUCAACAAUGGAAACCAUCGAUCUUGCGUGAACUGAGUGAAGAUCAUCAACUCAGCAUUCCCUGUUAUAGAUCAGAUUAUUGUUCUGAGAAAGAUUUGCCAUUUUUAGAAGAUGAAAUGCUACGUAUUAAAUUAGUAGGCGAAAAUGUUAAUCUGAAGGAUAUUGUUACUGGAGUUGUUUGCGCAAUACAGGGUAAUGAAAAUAGCGAUGGAACUUUUAAGGUCAAAGAUUGGUGCUUUCCUGGAUGUGUAUCAAAGAGAUCUAUAACCAAAUGUACAUCUAAUGGAAAAUUAGUGAUAGUAUCUGGUUUAGAGUUAUCCGAAAGUCUUGAAAGUUUGGGAAUAUGCCUCCUUGCUGAUUGGUUAUGUGGAAUGUCCGGUAAUAUAAAAGUACAAAAAGAUGGGACCUCCAUUGUUCAACUUAUUAUUGCAGGUAAUACUAUAAGAAAUAGUAAUACAACACAGUCAGAAACAGAUACGUCAGCUAAAAAAAUCGGGGCUGCAAUAAAAACUAUGGAUGAUUUCUUAAGCAAUUUGGCAAAAUGUUGUGCCAUUACUUUAAUGCCAGGAGAACAUGAUCCUACAAAUGCUAUGCUACCCCAAAAACCACUACAUCCAUGUUUAUUGCCAAAAUCAUCUAGGCUUGAAAGUUUUAAAAGUACUACAAAUCCGUGGAUUGGUGAAAUUGGGGAACGAAUAAUAAUUGGUACUAGUGGUCAAUCUAUCAAUGACAUCAUAAAAGCAACUGGUGAAAUAAAUGUUUCUCCCAUUGUUUGGCUAGAGAAAACUUUAUUAUGGAGGCAUAUGUGUCCAACUGCUCCAGAUACAUUACUUGCUUGUCCAUACUAUGAAAAAGAUCUGUUUAUCAUGACAGAAUGUCCAGACAUAUAUUUUGUAGGUAACACAGAGAAAUUUGAAACAAAAUUGUGGAAAGGUAACGAGAACCAAACGAUUAGACUGAUAUCAGUUCCCAGUUUCAGUACUACCCAUACAGCUGUAAUAGUAGAUUUAGAAAAUUUAGAUACACAAUAUGUUUCCUUCAGUAAUACAUAAAUCAGUUACCACUCCAGUACAUAGGUUUUCCAAAUGAGACAAAUAUUUUUAUAUUUUUUAUACAAUGCUCUCCAUUUAAUUCCGAUCUUAAAUGUACAAAUGUAUACAAAUUUCAUUAAAAUUGUGUACACAAGAAAAUCAUUUAAUUUUAGUUGCAUUUAUUGAUAUGCAUAUGCAUGUUAUUGAAAUUCGUUUCAUUUUAUAAUUUGUUUUGUUUACUUCAAACGAUAUUAAAAACUGAAAAAUAAAAUUCUACAAAGAAAAAUAAAUUCCAUUACUGCCUAUUCAUCUUUAUUCAAAAUGUGAUG